GUGCAUCGGAAUCACCUUGGCAGGCGUGAGCUCCGCGAACUCCUCAAGAGACAGCUCGCGCACGCCGGUAUUGUUGUCCAUAAGGUAGACCAGAGGAAGAACCUGCGGGAUCAUGUCACAUGUGAAUAUUCUUACCCACGAGAACACGCGGUACUCGACAGCUUAGUCGCACGACGUUGCACGCAAUGGUGAGCCGUGGUGCACGAAUUUGUGUCAUGCGAAUACUUCCUUUCUUGCAGCUGGGCUUUGCUGCUCAGGUGCCAUUAUAUUACAGUUCCAUUUCACCAGCUUCUGCCCCACAAAUUCCUCAGAUGGCUACAGACUUUACCCUCAGCGAGGGUGCAAAUGCACUCUCCCCGCAAGAUAUGCUCACCCUCCCUCGGCCUGGUGUGCCUCUGCCAAACGACAUCGGUGAUCUUGCUAUCGUACCCAUCAGCACUUACUCUUUUCAGGAUCGCAAGUCUCACAAGUCACUCUCCGUCAUCGCUCUUAGCGAUGGCCGUACCUAUGACAUUCCUUUGCCCGACGGCGGCGAUGCCUUUUGGCUUGAUUCUCGCACCAUCGCACAUGUCGUAACAAAAGAUGACACACAGAGCCUCUACACCAUCCCCAUCAGCACUUCUCCUCUCUCCUCCGACCUCUCCUCCCACGUAGGAUCCUUCCCCAUCACCACUGCAAGCGCAUUCCGUUAUAGCUCCAGCGCUCAGCGCCUCGUGUUCUCCGCAUAUGUUUAUCCUGAUGGCCUUGUCGAGACCGUGAGAGAACAGGACACGGCGUAUGAGAAUCGGGGCAAUUCUGGUCUGGUGUAUGAUGAGAUGUUCGAGCGUCAAUGGGAUACAUGGGUUGGUCCUAAGAGCAAGGCUCUCAUUGGGGUCAGUCUGGCCAAAGUAGGUGCGAAGUGGGUCCUGGGGGAAACCUACGUGAACGUGCUAAAGGGGACGGGACUCUCUUCCCCUGUGGAGCCGUUCGGUGAGACGGAUGACUAUGAUAUUUCCAAAACGCAUGCCAUCUUCACUGCCAAGGACCCGCAACUCCCCAGAGCUGUGCACACCAGGCAGAAUAUCUACCUCGUUGCACAUGACGGAAAAGAUCUCAGACAACUCACCUCGGGCGUCCAAGGUGCGACGCACUCCCCUGUGUUCAGCCCUUCUGGCGAUAAGGUCGCCUGGCUGGAACUGGCUCUUGAUGGGCACGAGAGUGAUCGCGCGAAAGUGGUGAUCUAUGAUCUCAAGGAAAACGUUCGGUUCACCAUUACGGAGGACUGGGACCGCUCCCCUGAUUCUAUUGUCUUUUCCCCUUCCUCUACCCUCAUUUACGCUACUACCGGCGAUCACGCCCGCAUCAAGAUCUUUGGGCUGGCUGUUCCGCCUACACCUCCCUCCAACGCCACCAUAACCACUCGACCAACAGCCCUCACCUCCAGCGGUUCUAUAUCCGGUUUCACGCCAAUCCCAGGUGGCAGGGCUACCUUCGCUCUUUCAAGCCUGACGUCUCCAAACGAGGUGUAUGAGCUUAGUGGGCUCGACGCCACCGAGCGGGAUCUCUUAGCAGGAAGAAAGGCAGAUGUGAAGGCGACGACGGUUACGCGCCUUACUUCGUUCUCUUCCGCUGGGCUCCAAGGCAAAGAUCUCUCCCCCGGGAAGGAUUUCUGGUUCAAAGGUACGGCCGAGGGGCAGGACACACAUGGUUAUGUGAUUACCCCACCUGGAUUCGAACGUGGGAUUAAUGGGAAGUGGCCUGCGGUGUUGCUUAUCCAUGGAGGUCCGGAGAGCGCCUGGUUUGAUCAGUGGUCGACGCGAUGGAAUCCGAAUGUCUUUGCGAGCCAGGGAUAUGUGGUCGUUGCUAUCAAUCCAACAGGGUCCACUUCAUUUGGACAGAAAUUCACGGAUGGGAUCAAUAAAAACUGGGGAGGCCGCCCCAUCCAAGACUUGUUGAUGGGAUGGAAGUAUAUCCUUCGAGAAUACCCAGAGAUCGACCAAAACCGCACGGUGGCUGCUGGUGCUAGUUAUGGCGGAUAUGCAAUCAAGCGCCUGGAUCCAGGCAACCCCGAGCUCGGAUUUGGGUUCAAGGCACUGGUCUGUCACGAUGGAGUAUUUGACAUAGCCUUCAACGGCUACGCCACAGAUGAACUAUUCUUUUUUAAUCACGAAUGGGGAGGACGUCCAUGGGAUCCUGCCGCAAUCGAAGCCUCGCGGAAAUAUAGCCCCGCGUAUACCGUUGCCAAGUGGUCGACCCCACAGCUGACAAUUCAUGGCAGCAAGGAUUACAGGCUUCCGGAAUCAGAUGGGAUUGGGGUGUUCCAUGCGUUGCAGCAGCUGGGCGUCCCAAGCCGCCUUCUGAUCUUCCCAGACGAGAACCAUUGGGUGCUAAACGCUGGGAAUAGGUACGUAUGCAGUUCUACACGCUGGUCGUGAUUUGAAAUGGCACCACGAAGUGUUUAGGUGGUUUGACCAGUUCGUUGGGCUUUCUUAGGCAUGAAAGCGUCAGUGGGAGAGGAAUUUUUUUUUUGGAAAGUGGUAGAACUGAAGGAUGCGUUUUGGAGGGGCAAAUCGGGCGUUUGUAAGAUAACAUACAUGACUAUAUCUGAAUAUUGAAUCGCUAGAGCUUCUGCGAUUUAUGACUUGCGAGCUGAAUUGUUUGACCUACCGCCUGUGCGUCUCUUUGCAAGACCAGGUCUGUGAU